CAGUCGCGUUAGAAAGCUGCUAACGUUCGCGUGGACGUCGUGAUCGGCAGUUGUUGCAAAUUGAAAUUAAAUUUUUUACCGGCUGUAUCGAACCGUUAUCUGUCUGAUGUCCCUAUCAGUUAAUUCGUUCUCGUAUCAACGCGAUAAAAUCGGUAAACAGGGAUCGUAUUUUGACUCAUGCCGCGGCGUCUCGGGGGCAGAAAGAUUUUAUCUCCCUGUAUAUGUACACAUAUGUGUUGCCCGACACUGUUUCACGACCGAAUAUUUAAAUAAUGAUAAAAUUAUUGUUCACCGUGAUGUAAUUUCGACCUGUUGUCUCGCUCAGUCGUAGAACGUGCCUGCGUCGUAGAUUUUAUGUGACCCGGAGAAGCUGAAGAGUUCGAUGUAAAAUGGCAAAGGUGAAAAUCGACGAUGAACGCAAUCCUCAUUCGAUAAAAUUGCCAGGAUCGGUCGAGGUAUUCGCGAACUUGAAGAAUGCCCAUAAAUUCGCGAUCGACAUCGGCUUGUGUCUCACGAAAAUAGCUUAUUACUCGACGGUCAGUUAUCGGAAAGCUUUAUACGAGGAUGCUGGCUUGGGGAACAGCGGCGAACGCGCGUACAAAGUAUACGAAGGCAAUCGGCUACACUUCGUUAAGUUUGAGACGAGAUACAUCGAAAACUGUCUCGAUUUCGUGAAAGAAAAUUUAGUAAACGUUGAAAGAUUCCACGGUAAAAGUAUUAAAGUGACCGGCGGAGGGGCAUACAAAUAUAAUUCUCUGCUUCAAGAAAAACUAGGUUUAAUUAUUGACAAGGAGGAUGAAUUCGCGUGUUUGAUAAAGGGCUGUAACUUUUUGCUCAAGAAUAUAUCGUGCGAGGCGUUUGAAUUCGAAAGGCAUGGGAGUCCUGAGUACAGAUUUCAAAAGGCUGAUCCUAACAUAUUCCCGUAUAUCUUGGUGAACAUUGGUAGUGGCGUCAGUAUUCUUAAAGUCGAGUCCGACGAGGUGUUCGAAAGGCUCGGCGGCACGGCUACAGGGGGUGGAACGUUUUGGGGACUGGGCUGUUUACUCACGAACAAGAGGGGCUUUGACGAAUUGCUGCAACUUGCAGAAAGAGGGGAUCACCGAAAUGUCGACAUGUUAGUCAGAGACAUUUACGGGGGUGAUUACGUCACCCAGGGCCUGCCCGGGGAGCUUAUCGCAUCUUCCUUCGGCAAAGCGACUUAUAACGAUAAAGGACAACCAAAGUUCUCCGACGCGGACAUCGCGAGGAGCCUCCUCCUCGCUAUAAGCAACGACAUCGGCCAGAUAGCGAGUCUAUAUGCGACCGUGCAUAAAAUGAACAAAGUUUAUUUCGGCGGAUACUUUCUGCGCAAUCAUCCCCUGUCGAUGCAUACGAUUUCGUACUCGAUUAAAUAUUGGUCUCACGGUAAAGUGAGACCUCUUUUCCUACGCCACGAAGGAUACCUCGGCGCGAUCGGGGCGUUUCUGUACGGCACCGAGAAGCCUGACCAGCACAGCUGGUUAGAGAAUUACGCCGGGUCGUCGGGAUUCAAGGACUCGAUACCCACCGAUCUCGGGAUCCAAGUGGAUCAAUUAGAAAUCGAUCAAGCCGAAUACGCCGUUACGUUCUGUCCACUUUUAAAAGACCCAGCUUCUUACAAUCCCGACACGACGGAUCUCGCGGAGGAUAAGGAAGCUAGAGAUUAUUGGCUUCAAUGCUUCGAGGAGUCAGUUGACAAAUUUGUGGCUAGAGCCAUUCAUAGUCAGCCGCACAGUCCUACGGCCAAAGACAGAGCGACAAGACUGAAGGAAAAAUAUGUUAACAGACUGCAUUAUCUAAAUCUCCAACCAUUUGCUUAUGGUACGCUCACGGUACGAGUAUUAUUGGACACGAUUGAACAUUACAUGAAGGAAUUCGAUUUUCCCGAUCCGUAUUUACAUCAAAAAAAGAAAGAGAACGAAGAAGCGUUGAAGCACUUGAAAAAUCGUAUAGCGGCUAUAGAGAGUUUAGAGGGUGCGGAGAAGAUAAGAGCCCUGGUUUUAGGAGUUCUCAGUGGUAAUAUGUUCGACUGGGGUGCACAGGCCGUCGCGACGUUAAUGGAAACGACAGACUUCGGCUUCGCCGAGGCACAAGAGAAGAUACCAAGUAGACCUUGGCUGCAAGACGAUUUAGACGACUGGAUAGAGAGAUUAGAAAACGGACCUGCUCACAAAUGCGCUGCUAUUUUCGUCGACAACAGCGGAGUCGACAUCGUAUUAGGAAUUCUGCCAUUCGCUCGCGACUUACUAUUAAGGGGCACGAAAGUGAUACUCUGCGCUAAUUCGAUGCCAGCGUUGAACGACGUUACUUAUCCAGAAUUAGUUGUAACGUUACGAGACGCGGCGAAAGUAUGCAAAGUGAUUAGGCACGCGUUAAAGGAGAAUCGUUUAAUUCCUAUGGAAACAGCUCAAGCUGGCCCAUGCCUCGAUUUAAGUCGAUUGAGUUUGGACCUGUGCCUCGCGAUGGUGAAACACGACGUCGACCUCAUCGUACUCGAAGGGAUGGGCCGAACGCUCCACACGAAUCUCUACGCGAAGAUGACUUGCGAAUGCUUAAAGCUAGCAGUCAUCAAGAAUCGAUGGCUGGCCCUGCGACUGGGCGGCGACAUGUACGCCGUGAUAUGUAAAUACGAACGGCCGCCGGAGAAGCCGACGAUUUGUGAUAUAAUAAAAGCCAGCUGCCCGACGGAAUGCGCGGACGAUCCGACGACAGACGUCUGCACGUGCAACGACGUUUAAUUUCCAGGAACCGAGAGAAGUGCUACACUAAAGUAUUUGUUUCUCUACGUUUAGACUUGUACAUAAAAGACCGAAAAUUCAAAUAUAUUUUGCAGUUUCGUAUGGAAAACAAAAACUAUAUAUAUAUAUUAGUUAAAAACUAUAUACUUAAAUACUUUUUAUGAAAUUUAUUGUUGGUUUCGACACGGUGAUUAUUACAAUGUAAUUGCGAAUGGAACUUAUUAAUAGUCGGAAGGAAACGUUUUUCAAUACUGUGAAUUCGUCGUAAUUUUCGCCUAAAUCGUGUUGCACAGUUACGAAGGUCGCAGCGUUAUGGUAACCAACGAUUAACACCUAGUCAAAGACAAUAAAUCAAUUGUUAUCUAUGUAAUUUACUGCUCGGUUACCGUAGCUCGGAGGAAGUGACGACGACCAAUACUAAUGGUUAUGCAAACGUGUAUUAUACGAUAUUGUACAGUAAGUCUGUGAUAAUGUAACGUUCAAGCAGAAGGUUACACAUAUUCGCGUAAAUUAAGGGGGUACUUCGUCUCGUCCGAUCGACGGAGUUCAAAACUCGUCAUUUUUAUCUCUUUCCUAGGACAGCAUUUUUUCACAGACAUUUUUAUUCACAUUUAUUACAGACUCACUCGCACCAAAAUUUUUAAUUAUGGCUUCCGUAUUUUCAAACGAAUCUUUUGUAGAUAAAUCUUUUGCAUGAGCGAAACUGUUUAUUAUUAUGUCGUUUAAUUUUCAUUUUCUGUCAAGCGAGCACCCUCUUAAAUCAGUUAAUUAAUACUGUAAUAGAAAAUACUAUUUACGUGACGAGUGAAGCAGUUUAAGAUUGUAUUUUCUGCUUUCGAGAUUUUUGUACAGAGAUUUACACUUCCAGAUAAAUUGACUACAUCUGUUUUUCGACGUACUCUUAUUAUUAUGCUUCGUAAAAAUCCAACAGUUGUACGAAGUUAAAGAGCGACGUGCUCUUAAAAAAUGACCAAUUUAGUAGGAAUAAAAGAAACGAGCGAACAUAAAGUAGAAACGAAUUGUUAAAAAUCAAAAUAGCUCGUACGUUUUUUAAAUUAAAAACUGAACGAUUUGUUGAUACUGAAAAUCAGAUGCAUGUUAAUAAAUCCGACUUCUUUGUUAUUUAAUGCUUUAACUAUUAACGAUAAGUGAUUUUAUUACUCGCGUUUCCCGACCGAACAGAAAUUAUGCUAAUUUACUUUCACUGUAUCAGAAGGUUGAGACUUGAAUUAUCUGGCAAAUAAAAUGUAUUUUUCAACAAUAA